AUGACAGCACCCACUCUUGAACCCACAACCGGUGCAGAACCUACAACAGCGACGGACCAUUUGGGAUCAUUCUUUUCAUUCCAUACAUUCGGAAAAGGAUGGUUUAUCUUUGGUUUCUUUGGCUCCUUUCUUGUGUGGUAUCUUCAAGCAGCCAUUCAAUUUUUAUUGAAUCGGAUUUUAUUCUUUCAGCUCACGCUUACAGAUGCUGAUGAUGAAUUUCGAUGGUAUUGUGCUUGGUUUUCAUUUCACCCCUAUACUUUAUUUGGAGCAAAAAGAAUUAAACCCAAAAAGACUCAUCACAACUUUGGAAGAGAACCAGUCUUAAAUACAGAGAGAGGAAUUUCAGAUGACAAUAAUGGAGAGGGGUCUUCGAAGGCAAGCCGUGUAAAAUUUGUACCUGGCUUGGGAAUUCAUUUAUUCUAUGUCCAGUCAAAAUUAUUUAUUAUGAAAUUAGAAAAUGCAGGAUUUCAGAAAUCUUUGAUACCACCUUCAUCUUCUGUGAAACCUUCCAACGAAAACUGUGACAGCAAAAAUACCGCAUAUUUCACAUUUCGUGAUCUUUUGGAUGAGUGUUAUUAUGUACAUGAUUUAAUAUCCCGUGAAAAGACAACCAUUUAUUCAGCAUCGCAACACACAUGGAGAGUAACUAGUGUUGUCGAAAAGAGAGAGAAAAAAACGGUGAUUUUAGAUGAAGGAGUUUGGGAGGAGUUAUACAAGGAUGUUUCAAACUUUCUAAAUUCUAAAAAGUGGUAUAAGGAUCGUGGAAUACCUUAUCGCCGUGGAUAUUUACUAUAUGGACCUCCUGGAAAUGGAAAAACUUCUACCAUCACAUCAAUUGCAGCUUGCUUCAAUCUUAAUAUUUGUGUCAUUAACAUGGGAUCUCAAAACAUGUCAGAUGAUCGACUGCAAAAUGCCUUUUCAACAGUUCCAAAGAAUUCCAUCAUUGUUUUGGAAGAUAUUGAUUCAAGUUUCCCUAAAGAUGAUCCCAAUGAACAACAAGAACCCACACACGAAAUUGAUGUCAGAGGGAUGAGAAGCGUCAUUAAAACCACUGGAAAGGCCACUUUCUCAUGUCUAUUGAACUGUUUAGAUGGAAUAAGCUCUCAAGAAUCUAGGAUUGUGUUUAUGACUACCAAUUUCAAAGAUAAACUUCCUCCUUCUCUUCUUAGAAAUGGAAGGGUAGACCGAAAAGUCUAUCUUGGAAAUACCACAAAGAGUCAACUGCAACGAAUGUCACAAAAUUUUUAUGAAGAUUUCAAUGACGAGUUGUGUGAAAAAUUAUGGGAUCGAGUAGGAGCAUUUACUUUUUGCAUGGCUCAGUUACAAGGUUUCUUUUUGAGAAAUCCAUCCUCUUUCGAAAGUGCUGUGGAGGCCAGCAAGAAUUUCGAAACGUUUUUGAAAGAAGAAGGAACUCUGGAUAAAUAG